AUGCAACUGCACAUGUAGGGAUGGGAAUUUCCGAUUCAUUUCUCCAAUAAUUAUUACAUUUAGAAAUAAACCAUAUCUGGUAGAUCUUGAGAGUAUACUCCUAGCUAUCUUGCUCGGAAUCAAUUUUUAUUAGACCCAAAGAAAAUCACUGAAGAUGGAUGAGAAUCAUAUCCGAUUUGGUAUAGUAGGAUGUGCUCAAAUAGCUAGGAAAGUUUCAAGAGCUAUUGGUUUAUCCUACAACUCUACUGUCUAUGCCGUCGGCAGCCGUUCCUUUGAGAAAGCAAAAAAAUUCGCCUUAAACAACAAAUUGCCAGAUUCCGUUAAGAUUUAUGGGAGCUAUGAUGAAGUUCUUGAUGACCCAAAUGUCGAUGCUGUGUAUAUGCCACUUCCCACAAGCCUGCACGUACGAUGGGCUGUCUUGGCUGCAACAAAGAAGAAACAUUUGCUUUUAGAGAAACCGACGGCUUUAAAUACGUCGGAGCUUGAUCAAAUAUUGGAGGCUUGCAGAUUGAAUGGUGUACAAUUCAUGGAUGGUACGAUGUGGCUUCAUCACCCAAGGAGUCCUAAGAUCAAAGAGCUUCUUGCUGACACCAAACUCUUCGGUAAACUCAAAUCGAUACACUCGACAUGCACAUUCUACAAUGGAACUCCUGAUUUCUUAGAGAACAACAUUAGAGUAAAGCCAGAACUAGAUGCUCUUGGAGUACUCGGAGAUGUGGGAUGGUACUGCAUCGGAGCCAUCUUGUGGGCAACCGACAACCUACUACCAAACACUGUAAUGGCUCUACCAGGACCGACUCGUAAUGAAGCCGGUGUCCUUAUGGCAUGUGGCGGUUCCUUAACUUGGUUGGCUGGAAAAGAAGAAGAUGAUCAAGAGGAAAAAGUGGCAACGUUUUACUGCUCAUUCCUCUCUAACGUGUGUCUUGACUUAUCUUUACAUGGUACAAAUGGCACUAUUCAUCUCAAGGAUCACAUCAUCCCUUGUAAAGAAAGUUCUGCUUCACUUGAAUUCACAUCCGGUGCACAGUUUACAAAACUUCAUUUGGGAUGGACUGUGGAACCAAAGAAGAUUGAGGUUGUUUCUGAGGUUCCUCAAGAAACAUCAAUGGUACAAGAGUUUGCUAGAUUGGUGGGAAAUAUUAAAAACCAUGGGAGCUGUCCAGAGGAUAAAUGGUCUGAGAGUAGUAGAAAUAUUCAAAUAGUUAUUGAUGCUAUUAACAAAUCUCUUGACCUUGGUUGUAAGAAUGUUGAUAUGUAAAACUUGUAUGACUUCCCUUAAUAAAAACUUAUGCAACAAA